GAUAGGAGGGGGAGUGAACGCGGAAGCAUGGCAAAACGGUGAAACACGUGUCUCUCUCUCACGGUUGUCGCACGACCGUCCCGUGAAGAGGGUGAUCCGGAUAUUCGCAAUACGUUUGUCGUCGACGACUACGACGAAGAGCCGAAAGAAAGGGCCGGAAGAAUAUCGAUCGAUCGAGGGAGGGGUUGGGAGGGGCGGGGAUGUCGCAGGACGCAGAGUGCUCGUUCGCCGGCUGCGCGCUUCGCAGUUUGAGUGUGUUUGAGACUUGAGGCUUGAAACUGAGGAAAAAGAUCCGCGAUUCAUGGAGCAGGAAGAUAUGAGCGGAAAUGAGGAAGAAGAUACAAGGAGCGAGCGUGGCACGCCGGAGGGCUCCUUCGAGAGUUCGAACGUGUCCCUGGAGAUAGAAGAGUUGGAGACGGGAAGAGAAACGAGUAUUUUCAAGUACUACUCGUAUAAAAAUACGGACACGAUGCGAAGCACAACAAGAAAAAUAGGACCGCUUGUGGGCGCAAUUGAUGUCGGCACGCGGACUGUCCGCUUUGUGGUAUUUAACGCGAAGCAUGUUGCGGAGGUUGCAUCUCAUCAAAUAGACAUUGAACAAAUCAGUCCACAAGAGGGAUGGGUGGAGCAGGAUCCCAAAAAUAUCUUUAUGGCGGUGAAAGAUUGCAUUAACAUCGUAAAUGAAAAAUUAAAUAUGCUGGGGAUGAAGAUUGACGAAAUCAUGACAGUGGGUGUCACCAACCAGAGAGAGACUACGGUAGUAUGGGACGCAUUUACCGGCGAACCACUUUAUAACGCUAUAGUGUGGUCCGACAUCAGAACUGAUACGAUCAUGGAUCAGAUUAUAGCAAAAUUUCCGGAUCAGAGCAAGAAUCAUCUGAAACCUCUGUGCGGUCUUCCUGUCAGUCCGUACUUUUCCGCUUUGAAGAUUCGUUGGUUGAAGGACAAUCUGUCGACUGUAAGAAGGGCAAUUCGUGAGAGGCGGUGCAAAAUGGGAACCAUGGAUACCUGGAUCGUUUGGAACUUAACAGGGGGUAAAAACGGUGGACUUUAUAUCACCGAUGUAACGAACGCGUCGAGGACGAUGUUGAUGAAUAUAGAGACGCUCUCCUGGGAUCCCACGUUAUGCAGAUAUUUCGACAUUCCUAUGCAAAUGCUGCCAGAAAUCAGGAGCAGUUCCGAAAUAUACGGCAAUAUCUCGAUUCCCCCUCUGUCUGGCAUUCCCAUAUCCGGUAUUUUAGGAAACCAACAAUCAGCUUUGGUAGGACAAAAUUGCCUGAAGAAGGGACAAGCGAAAAACACGUACAGAAGCGGUUGUUUCCUGCUGUGUAACACAGGACAUGCUAGAGUAUACUCGUCUCAUGGAUUGGUUACCACUGUCGCGUAUCAGUUGGGUCCGAAGAGCCCACCUGUCUAUGCGUUGGAAGGUUCAGUCGCGGUUGCAGGUGCGGCCAUUAAAUGGCUGCGGGACAACUUGAAGCUCAUAAAAGAUGUCCAUGAAAGCGAACACUUGGCGCAAAGCGUAUUUAGUACGGGAGACGUCUACUUUGUGCCCGCCUUCACGGGAUUGUAUGCACCUUAUUGGAGAAAGGAUGCAAGGGGAAUAAUUUGUGGGCUUACCGCGUUUACCACGAAGCAACAUAUAAUCAGAGCGUCUCUUGAAGCAGUCUGUUUUCAAACUAGAGAUAUCCUCGAGGCGAUGCACAAGGAUUGCGGAUUUCCGUUAACGAAGUUAAAAGCAGAUGGGAAGAUGUCGACCAAUAAUCUCCUUAUGCAAUUACAGGCCGACUUGUGCGGUACACCAGUAUUUAGGUCAACUAUGCCCGACAUGACAGCUCUAGGCGUAGCGAUGGCCGCAGGGCAUGCUGAAGGAAUAGAUGUGUGGAAUCUGGAUGGUGAGGAGGUGGAAACAGUGCCAACCGAUACUUUCCUGCCGACCACUACAACAGAGGAGAGGGAUGCGAGAUAUAAGAAAUGGAAAAUGGCAGUGGAAAGAAGCUUAGGUUGGGCGACAGUAAAAAAGUCUGACCAAAUGACAGAUGAAAGAUACUGCAUACUAGCAUCAAUUCCUGCAAGCUGUUUUAUAUUGUCAAGCUUCAUUCUGUUACGAUUAAGUAACUAUAUGGCAAAUCGGUGACAACAAAUUAACAUCAUUGAAGUACAAGUUACUUUAGCUGGCAGGUAGCUCUGAUUUCAGAAGAAAGUUAGCGAAGUGAAAUUUCAAACUUGCUCAACUGACGUAAGUGAGUGAUGCGUAUGUCGAUGAGUAAUUAUGAAAUGAUUAGAUAGAUAAAAUUGUGUGAGUAGAGAGAUACGUUCCGUAGAUUUCAGUGCGCUUUAUCAACGCACUAUAUUCGAUAAUCAAAAAAAAUGUAUCCAGUGUUCUGGUUUCCGAGUUUGCAAGUUUAGUAAUACGUCAAUAAAAACUGUUGUAUCGUUAUAAUAUACAUAUACCUAUCUUGAUACAAUUUCAUUUUAUAUUCUUUAAAAUAAUGAUUUCACAGAGUUUGCGGAAUACAAGUUUACUUCACACGCACAUAAUCAUACACAUUCUUUUUUAUUAUUUAUUGUAAAAAACUCAUCUAUAUAAAAUUUUAAAUUAUGUAUAUUAUAUGUAUUAUAUAAUAAAGGUAUCUCCUGUUUUACUCGCGAUUUUAUAUGAUGCGAUUUUACAUCUUUUUUCUUUUGUAUUGUUAAUACUAUGGAUAAAUGUAUUCAGGUUGGAGUGAGUCCUAAAGCAUAAUAUUUAUGCAAUGCAAUACUUACAAUACACUAUAGAUUCAAUAAUUGUAAAAUUUUUUCACUGUAGCAAAGCUGUACUUUUACUCGAUUAAAUUCAUAGAACAUUAUCUCAAAUGAUUUAAAGAAAAUACUUCUUUACCUAAGAGAAAAAUAGAGAUAAUAUUAUUAUAUUGACUUCGAUAAUUUAGAUAAAGAUAAGAUUUAGAUUCUGUGCGUAUAAAAAAAAAUAAAUAUUGGUGCUAGUA